UUUCCCCUUAAGUAGGCUCGCCAUUUGUCCAGAAAUGAAAGUGUUUUACAAAAAAUCAGAUUAAAUGUUAUUAAAAUACGAAUGAAUUAAUUGAAAACUGAUUUAAAAGCAUUCAACAUCAUAACAUUAAGGUCUUUGCAGAUCGCUAAACGAUUCAUUAUCAUUACACCAACUUAGCAGAGAAGAGUGAAGUAAAAUGCACACAUCUUUACAAAUACACAGAGCCUGAACAUCACUAUAGACUACUGAAGUGAAUCAAAGACGUAAAAAAAUGGUACUAGCAGCUUCCUCGCUUGGCACUCAGCAUUAACAGGGAUAGUGCUAGGACUGGUCAGCCCGGUGUCAGUAUAAUGUGACUGGGUGGGGUAUCAUGCCACGUGUCUACGGCGUGAUAUUCCAGUGAGGCAGCACUAUUAAGUUGGGCAUUGUGCUCGCUGCUACAGGUAGACACCGUCGUUUAUAUGACUGAAAAAUUGUUGGAAAAGACGUUAAACCCGAACACACAAUACUGAAGUGAAUCUGCACAUAUUCGAUAUUUCUUAUGAACCCAUUACCAACACAUAUAUUCACAAAACGCAAAAUAAAGCAUAUAUGAGACAUAUGGGAAUAUACCCAUGAGAGCAAUGCCGUUAAUAGUACGUUUAUGAAAGUGGAUGUAUUUGAAACAGUUAUUUGAAUUAACAUGUAACAUUAUAUGAAGAAUGUUAAGAGUCAUUUGAAGAAACACAUAAGAAUGUAUACAAGAGUAAAAUGCAUUGUAAUAUUGUUACCGAAUCGGUCUGGUAAAGACAUGUUCAAAAGAAGGAACUGGGAUCUGUAGAUACAUAUGAAAGAACAUACAGGGGAGAAAAGCUAUCCAUGUAAGGUUUCUCACUCCUUGUAAUGAAAGUUAUAUUCCUAACGAUCGAUAUAAGAGAAUACAUACAGAGAGGAAUGCUUUGAAUGUCAUAUUUGUGAUUAUGUAUUUAGGAGUUGUAUGACAAUGCAGUCAGGAGAAAAACGCUUGACGUGUGGCGUUUGUGAUUAUGCAUGUAAUAAAAGCAGUAUUAUGAAAAUACAUAUGACAGUACAUACAGGAGAAAAGCGCUUUAAAUGUGAUGUUUGUGAUUAUGCAUGUAAUGUUAGUAGUAAUCUGAAAAGACAUAUGGCAAUACAUGCAGAAGAAAAGCGCUUUAAAUGUGAUGUUUGUGAUUAUGCAUGUAAUGUUAGUAGUAAUCUGAAAAGACAUAUGGCAAUACAUGCAGAAGAAAAGCGCUUUAAAUGUGAUGUUUGUGAUUAUGCAUGUAAUGAUAGUAGUAAUCUGAAAAAACAUAUGGCAAUACAUACAGGAGAGAAACGCCUUACAUGUGGUGUUUGUGAUUAUACAUGUAAUAGAAACAGAAGUAUGAAAAUACAUAUGACAGUUCAUACAGGCGAAAAAUGCUUUAAAUGUGAUGUUUGUGAGUAUGCAUGUAAUGCAAGAGGUCAUCUGAAAACACAUAUGACUGUACAUACAGGAGAAAAGCGCUUUAAAUGUGAUGUUUGUGAUUAUGCAUGUAAUGUUAGUAGUAAUCUGAAAAGACAUAUGGCAAUACAUGCAGAAGAAAAGCGCUUUAAAUGUGAUGUUUGUGAUUAUGCAUGUAAUGUUAGUAGUAAUCUGAAAAGACAUAUGGCAAUACAUGCAGAAGAAAAGCGCUUUAAAUGUGAUGUUUGUGAUUAUGCAUGUAAUGAUAGUAGUAAUCUGAAAAAACAUAUGGCAAUACAUACAGGAGAGAAACGCCUUACAUGUGGUGUUUGUGAUUAUACAUGUAAUAGAAACAGUAGUAUGAAAAUACAUAUGACAGGUCAUACAGGCGAAAAAUGCUUUAAAUGUGAUGUUUGUGAGUAUGCAUGUAAUGAAAUAGGUCGUCUGAAAACACAUAUGACAGUUCAUACUGGAGAAAAGCACUUUAAAUGCAUGUAAUGCAAGCAGUCAGUUGGAAAAACAUAUGAGGAUACAUGCAAGAGAGAAACGUUUUAAAUGUGACGUUUGUGCAUGCGAAUGUGAUGUAUGUAGCCGUAUGAAAAGACAUAUGACAAUACAUACUGGGGAAAAGCGUUUUAAGUGUGAUGUUUGUGAUUUUGCAUGCAAUCAAAGCAGUAGUCUGACAAGACAUAUGACAAUACAUGCAGGAGAAAAACGCUUUAAAUGUGAUGUUUUUUUAUUUUAAUAUGCAUAUUUGUAAUCAAAGUGGUAAUCUGAAGAAAAAGAAAAAACUCAUAAAUCAAUACAUACAGGAGACAAAUGCUUCAGAUAUAUGAUAUUUGUGAGUAUGCAUGUGUUCAACGCGGUCAACAGCAGGGCAUGUGAGAAAACAUAAGGGAGAGAAAUGCUUAAAAUGUGAUAUUUGUGAUUGUAUACAUUAUUACAGAAGUAGUUUGAAAACACAUGAAAUUACAUGUACAUGCAGGAGUAAAAAUUCUGAUUUUAGAUUUAACUCGAGUUUAAAAUCUUAGUAUUUCAAGAAACAUUCAAAUCUAAUAUCAUUAUAAACAAGAUAGUUUUUAGUGUUUAUGAUUAUUGAUUCAGUAUACAUGUACUAGGUUAAAAAAUUGGAGAGCGGUGCCUUUGUAUUUACCUGUUUAUUGCAUGUUUACCUAUAAUAUAGUAAGAAAAGUUUAAAGAGAAUUCCUAUAUUUUUUUUUUCCUUUCAUAGAAUUUUUUUUUAAUUCACAUAUAUGAUAGGAAAAUUUGUGCUGAAAACAAUGAACAAAUAAAAACAGUAGGUCACCAGGCUUGUUUUUGUGAAAAAUAGUUUUGAACACACCCACUGUUGCUGAAACUGCCAGCGAUUUUUCAACAUUUUUAUAAUUUUCUCCAUUUCUAAAAAUACCGACCAAAAUAUACAUCAAGACAGCACAAUAAGGUUUUUUCUUUUUUUACAGAUUUUAUUAUAUACUUAUUUGAUAUCAUAGUGAUAUUUGUAAUACUCUAUCCUUGUAAUAAUGGGUACAAAUGAAAAAAAAUAUAUUGUUUCAUAUUUACUUUUGUGAACUUUUUUCAAUGAAAAAUACCCAUAGUGAAGAAUAUUUUUUUUAAAUUUUGAAAAACUCUUUCAUAGAUUGAUUACAUGUAUGUCUGCUAGAAGUUAAAAAAAGGUUUUAAAAAUGCUUAAUUAUUUCUAUAAAUGAAUACUAAAUAAUCUGAAAGGUGAUAUUGUCUUAUCAGUACUAAGUCAAUUAUCUUACAUUAUAUGAACAACACUGUCUUUGUACUAAAAUGCGAUGUGAAAACACAACCACAAAAAUAGCAAGAUACCUGUCAGGCAUGAUACUUGUCAAUACAACAUAAACCAGAAUCAACAUUUGAUUACUGAUAAAACUUAUCAAAAAUGUUAUUUCAUUCAAGAUUCCUCAUAUUUAAGAUUGCCUGUAACAUGUUUCAACAAAUGUUGACUUCAGUUCAGUUUUCCAUAGAAAGUGUCGGCUGCGCAGAAAGAUGCGCAUAAAAAACUAUAGGAAUUCCCUUUAGCAAAAGAAACUAUCCAGAUGUAUAACUUGUAUAUUUUGAAAUAAAAAAAAUAAUGUUUCAAAUUUGAGACCAAAAUUACACCUGAAGAUCUUCACAUGAUAAAUUUUUAACAGUCAAUCAACCAUGAAGUCAGUGGUCCCACAAUAGCCGUUUGAAAGGCUAUAUCUUCUGCGCGUCAAUUGCAUUGUAACAUCUCAAUAGAGCUCUCGCGCUAAUUUUUCUUUGUCGUGCAGUGUAACCAACAAUAUUUUUUAAACUUUAUGCUGUUUCUCGAGUUAGCCAAUUAUCAAUAUUUCCAAUGACAAUAAAAUUUCACAAAGACAAUUGUUAAUUACAGGCGCACGUGAAUUUCGUGCAAAACGGCUAUUGUGGGACUACUGCCUUCGCGGUGGAUUGAUUUUUUUUUAAUUUUACAAGUGAAGUUCUUCAAGUGUAAUGUGAUAUGAAAAAUACAAGUGAUUUAUAAAUUAAAGUUUUUAAAUAAAAAAAUACCUCAGUUAUAAAACUGGAUAGUUUCUUCUGCUGUUCAGUAUAGUAUCAUUUUUAUGUCUAUUGGCGUCUACUAGAAUAAUAAUUUUCUAUUUCAGUUAUAUUGAAUACUGUAUAAAAUCAAAUGCCUUUGUAGCUGUAGUUUGUUUCGUAUCGUACAAUACGGGAUUGAAAAUAAGUUAUUUCACGAAAAAUACACGACAUUACGCUCCAGAUAAUAAAGCUAAAACUGAACUAUUCGUGGUUUUGCUACUGUGAAACGUCAUGACGGCAUGAGAAAAAACGAUAACAGAAACAUUUUCAGCAUAAAAUUUAUACUAUUUAUAGAUACUCGUGUAAUGAUAAAAAUAAUGUACGAGACACUACGGAUUGGGUGCAUAAUAUCCAUAAAUCCGCAGUUACAAAUGGUUUAUCUGACGUAGUUUGUUUGCAACAGCAGCCAUUAAGUGCCAUGUGGCAGCUGUAAUAAGUCUCCCGUACUUGGACUCAGUGUUGCUGCAUUUUCUGGUCGUUUGGGAUCAUGGGGAACAUUCCAUGUGAUCAUGGGGAACAUUCCAUGUACUAUGAUAUCACUCCGCUUAAGCUUGAUAUUUGUUUGAUUUUGUAAUGAAACUAUCAAUUCUUUGAAAUACAUGUAUCUUGGGCUUUUGCAAAGAAUUGAAACCUUCGCUUUUUAUCUUACGCAUCGAUAAAUACUAGCAUGGCUGUAUGGUAACGAAUACGUUUUCAGGAAAAUGUGUUGUUCUGAGACAUGUUUGCCGCAAUUCGAUACAGUAACUGGCCCACUAAUCGCAAUUUUUAAAAUCUGGACUGUACGCUUAAUCGAAAAACUGUAGGCCUAUUCAAAACUUCUUUUCAUUCUUAUAUUUCAAUGUUUUGACUUUGUUUUAUGAUAACCAACAGUUAAAAGUAUUAGUUAUAAUUCCU